CGGAUGUCCCCCCGCUCGUUGUCCACCAGUGAUCGACCACUGAUGUCUUCCUGGCCACCGAAAUAUGUUCAAUCGGAUAGAUGCGAGCAAGUCUACGAAAGGCGCCAGCAAACUUCGAAGGGACCUGAUAAACGCCGAAAUCGCGAAUCUACGUGACUUACUGCCGUUACCGCCCUCGACACGCCAGAGGCUUUCCCAGCUGCAGCUUAUGGCCUUGGUCUGCGUGUUCCUGCGAAAAGCCAACUACUUUCAGCAAGCAUUGAAAAACUGCCCGUCCGAGACCUCGAAUAUUCCAACACCUAAUAUAGGAUUCUCAAAAGCGAUGUCCGGCUUUAUUAUGAUGAUGACGCAGCAGGGAAAAUUGUUAUACAUAUCAGAAAACGCGGCGGAUUAUCUCGGACAUUCUAUGGAGGAUUUGCUCAUUCACGGGGACAGCGUGUACGACGUGAUCGACAAGCAGGAUCAUAUGGUCGUGCAAAAUCAGUUAUCCCGAAACAGUCCCAUUCCCAGCGACAGGAGGCUGUUCCUGUGUCGAAUCAACGUGUCGAGAAAUUCUCGGAGGCAGCUGCGGUUCGGCGAUCAAAAGGUAAUUCUCGUGGAGGGUCACUUCCUGCCGUUCGUACCCGUCUGCAAUCGUAACGAAUUCGUCUUCCUGGCGUCCUGCACCCCGGUGGUCCUGCCGGAGACCCGAGAGAGCAUCGUCCAGGGCGCGACAAAUAUCUUCACCACGAUUCACUCGAUGGACAUGAAGUACCUGCAUAUCGAUAAAACCGCGGAAAGUCAUCUGGAGUACACGCGUGCCGAGCUGGUCAACGUAUCGUGGUAUAAUCUACUUCAUUGGGACUCUAUAAGAACCGCCUAUUGCAAGCAUCAAACUGUUAUCCAAUCCGAUCAGGAACGAUCCACCACUGCUUUACUGAAGCUACAGAGCUGUUCCGGAAGGUGGUUCUGGGUCCAUUGCGUGCUGCAGGUCAAGGACACCUCCGAUGAAUGUCAGCAUCCUAUAAUCGUUUGCACGAAUCAAGUACUCACCGACAAGGAGGCAGAAGUAAUGCGCUCCAGUUCAUGGCUGUACCAGUACUCGUCUCAAACGAAGUUCACUUACGGGCUCUGCCCGAGCGGUCAAGGUCGCGGUGCCGUUUAUCCCUCCGCAGGAGCCGUUACCAAUCAGGCCCAGGAAUACGUUCGAACAUAUUCCAACGACACCGACGCCCAGCUCUCGCCGUCGCUUCAUUCGGACCGGUCCGAGACGGAGUCGCAUGGCGCCACGAAGAUCGCGCAGUCGACAGAUUAUCCCAACAGGCGACUUCUACGAGACGACGCGGAGCCAGUGGACAUGUCGAUAAGCGGCGCGGAGCAACACGAGGGCAGGAGCGUUCAAGGCACGAUCUCCGGUCAUCAGCAGCACGCCCUGGACGACCCGGUCAGGUACCAUCAUAAGCAAUAUCAUAAGAGCUCGCUGCAUCUGGCCGGCUAUCGGGCCAAAUUCGCGCAAUGCCACGGCACCCAGUACACCAGCGGCUGCGCGGACGUUCUGUCGGUACCUGGCACCAAGUAUUACCUUACCGACCUCGACCGGGACUACUGCUGCGGAGCGGAACGGAGCGGCCUGCUGCUGCACAAGCGGCUGCCGACGAAGGCGUUGCUCGCGCCGCCGCCAUCCUCGAUCGCUACCGCGAACCAGGCCGAAGUGCCGCCGCCGCCCGAUUCCACCCCUCUGGAGAACUGGGGCACCAGCCCAGCGUGGUCGGACGCGCUGCAAAGGGUGCCGGACGUGGUGCACCAGGAACUGAGCCCGUAUAUCACCACGCCGACCACGCCGGUCAACACGCCCGACUCGGACACGCUCGGUCACCCGGAGGCGCCCAUCUUUAACUUCGACUGGGCCGGCACCGAGCAACACGUGCCAAACCUGAAGAUCACCUUCCAUCGCAGCAGCACCGCGGUCACUACUGCCGGCCAUCCUGCCGCCCAGCCUAGGAAGCAGCAUCAAGAUGCGGUGCCGCCUAUCACGCUACAGUUACCACGUAGGAAGGGACAGUCCACGGAGAAUGACAGCAAGGACUUCCCGAAAUGAACUAGGAAAUAAGUAUAAGUCUG